AAGGCAAUUAAUCUAUUCAAUUGUAUUAAAGAAGUGUAUUACAAACCUAAUUAUUAUUAGGAAACGAAUAAAUCGUUUUUAUUUUUCACUUGUGUAUAGUCUAAAACAUGAAAUUUAUUUAAACAGAUUUUAAUUAUAAUGAAAUAGUUCCUUGUUUGCUUAUAGUAAUAAAAUAAAAUAAACUAUUUGAAAUUAUUUAUCGGCUGAAAAGGAAUGAUCUAGCAGUGUUUUAUAAGAGUUAACACAAAUGAAAUAUGGCACAAAGUUCUCAUGGCGGAAGUCACCGGAGAAGUCGAGAUCACGAAGGCGCAAUGCGAUAUACCAAUACCGACUGGGAAGCCAAAGAAGCACUUUACCAGCGGGAGCUGGACGAGGCGAGAGCUCGCGCCACUCAAAUGGAAAAAACCAUGCGCUGGUGGUCAGACUGUACCGCCAACUGGAGGGAGAAGUGGACCAAGGUACGUAACGAACGGAAUAAAGCUAGAGACGAGGCCAAACAACUAAAGAACAAAUUCGAUCUCCUUACUAAAGAACUAUCUACAAUCAAAGCCGAAAAGAAUGACAUAGAACAACAAUUGAUUGAAGUAAGACAAGACAACGAGAAGUUGUUAAGUAUAGGCGAGAGUAGGAUAGUCCAAGGCGACCUAACAACAGAAGACGGUGUCGAAUUAAGAAGGAAGAAUGUAGGUUACGUAUCACCAAAUGAACCGUCGAUACGGCAGCGUGCGUCAUUAGAUUCUCACAAAUUCUCUAACGUUGAUAAUGUUCUUGCCAAUAAAUUGAGUGAGUUGAGGCUUAGGUUGGACGAAGCAAGCAAGAGUUUGCAAAGUGAGAAGGACCAGAAAGCAUUCCUGUUGACGAAAGUGGAGGCGCUCACGACGGAGUUGCACAGUACGAAGAUGGAGUUGACCCACAGUGAUCGAACUUUAGGGUCUACAGAUUCUAGUCACAGCGAGGUAGAGAGACUGCAGAACGAACUACAAGACGAGAUAGCCGCCAAACAGGUUCUAGAAGAAAGGAUAGCGGAGCUCAAAAUGGAGGUAGAACGGUUGAAAUCAGAGAAUAAUGUACAGUGGAGCAAACGAGAGCUAUUGGAAACUGAGAAUGUAGCUAUAUUGAGAGAGAACAAAAAGUUAUACGGUCAGGUCUGCGAAUUGAGGGAACAGAUACAUAAACUCAACAGAAUAUCAGACGGAAGCGCAUACGGGUUGCAGUUUGUAAACGAACAUUCAAAACUCGACUCUAAUAUAUUGUACGUAAGGAAGUCUAGCGCGAGUCCUAGAUCUCAAGAGUCAAGCAAUGGGUCUUCAGAGGCGAACCUUGCACAAUUUGACGCUAAAACAAACACAUCAGCCGAGGAAGACGAGUUAGCGAUAAUCGAAAGGAAUGAUAACUGUUGAAAAUAAAUUUACUUACUAAUAUU